AUGGCUCGCUGGCGGGGCAGCGGCUCUCUCUGGCUCCUGGCGCUGGCGGCGGCGUGCCUGCUGCAGCGCGCCCAGGUGAGGAAGCCGCCGGUGCGGUGUCCCGCCAUCUGCAGCUGCACCAAAGAGUCCACCAUUUGCGUCGGAGCGGCGGCGGUGCCGCGGAGCCCCGGAGACAUCAGCUCCUUGAGCCUGGUAAAUGGAACAUUUUCUGAAAUAAAAGAGAGAAUGUUUUCACAUUUGCCUUCCCUGCAGUUGCUACUGCUGAAUUCUAACUCGUUUACUAUCAUACGGGAUGAUGCCUUUGGUGGUCUGUUCCAUCUCGAGUACUUAUUUAUUGAAGGAAACAGGGUAGAAACCAUUUCAAGAAAUGCAUUUCGUGGCCUUCGAGAUUUGACACACCUUUCUUUGGCCAAUAACCAGAUUAAAGCUUUGCCAAGGGAUGUCUUCGGUGAUUUAGAUUCUCUGAUUGAACUAGAUUUAAGGGGAAAUAAGUUUGAAUGUGACUGCAAAGCCAAGUGGUUGUUUUUGUGGUUAAAGAUGACAAAUUCCACCGUUUCUGAUGUCCUGUGUGUUGGUCCAGCAGAAUUUCAGGACAAGAAGUUAAACGAUGUCUCAAGUUUUGAUGAUGAGUGCACCACUACAGAUUUUGUGGUUCAUCAGAUUUUACCCUACCAGUCGGUUUCAGUGGACACAUACCACUCAAACAAUGACGUGUAUGUCGCCAUUGCCCAGCCCAGCAUGGAAAAUUGCAUGGUGCUAGAAUGGGAUCACAUUGAGAAGAACUUCAGGAGUUAUGACAACAUUACUGGUCAGUCCAUAGUGGGAUGCAAAGCUAUCUUGAUUGAUGAUCAGGUUUUUGUGGUGGUGGCUCAGCUUUUCGGUGGCUCACACAUUUAUAAGUAUGAGGAAGGCUGGACAAAGUUUGUCAAAUUCCAGGACAUAGAAGUUUCCCGCAUUUCAAAGCCGAAUGACAUAGAACUCUUUCAGAUAGAGAGCGAGACCUUCUUUGUCAUCGCAGAUAGCUCAAAAGCUGGCCUGACGACAAUUUAUAAAUGGAACAACAAGGGAUUUUACUCUUACCAAUCCUUGCAUGAAUGGUUCCGGGACACAGAUGCUGAGUUCGUUGAUAUAGAUGGAAAAUCUCAUCUAAUCCUGUCAAGCCGCUCACAGAUUCCCAUUAUCCUUCAAUGGAACAAAAAUUCCAGAAAGUUUCUCCCACACAGUGAGAUACCCAACAUGGAAGAUGUGUUGGCUGUGAAAAGCUUUCGGAUACAGGACAACCUCUACCUCUCACUUACAAGAUUUAUAGGCGACUCCAGAGUAAUGAAGUGGAAUAGCAAACAGUUUGUGGAAAUCCAAGCUCUGCCAUCACGGGGAGCUAUGACCCUUCAACCGUUCUCCUUUAAGAAUAAUCACUAUCUAGCCCUGGGAAGUGACUACACCUUCUCCCAAAUAUUCCAGUGGGAUAAUGAGAAGCAGCUCUUUAAAAUAUUCAAGGAAAUCUAUGUGCAGGCACCUCGUUCAUUCACAGCUGUGUCAACCGAUAGAAGAGAUUUUUUCUUUGCUUCCAGUUUUAAAGGCCACACGCAAAUAUUUGAACACAUCAUUGUUGACUUGAGUUUAUGA